AUUCGAGGCACUCCAUAACUGCGACAAUAUUGCAGCCCUGAUACUCAAUUUGCAACACUGUUGCAGAUGCUCAGCUGAUACUUAAGCAAAAUAAUUGCAAUAUUUUGCGCGAAUUGUGACCGAAAAUGAAACUUUAACCAUGAACUUUUUAAUAAAUAUAGCGAUAGAUAAUUUUGAAAGCAGUGAUAAUAACCUGCUGCUUAAGUAUGAAAAAAAUAGAAAACAAAGUUUUUUAAGAAAGAGAAAGUGGUUCCUCGCUGAAAUUUCAAAAAAGAGAACAGUGACGAAGAUGAUAAAGGUUUGGAAAACAAUUCCAUUGUACCAUGAUGAUACAUAUUUCACGCAUUUUCGCUUGACUUGUGAAACAUUUGCAGACUUGAAAAAUGCGUUAGAAUCUUUUUGGUCAAAACCACACGGGGAAUAUUCCUUGGAACAUUCCUUGCAUAUGACUCUUUGGAAGCUAAGCAAUAGUAGAGUCACAUAUCGAGAGCUUGCCGAUAGAUUUAAUGUUGGGCAAGGAACUGCCCACAAACUUUUCCUUAAAACAAUCAAGACAAUCUGCAAACUUAAAAACGAGAUAUGUUUGCCGUCAGUUUUGCAGCAGAAAAAAAUAAUGGAAAACUUUCAAACAAGCCGGCUAAAUUCAUUUCCUUUUGUUGUCGGAUGCUUAGAUGGAAUGCAUUUCAAAAUUAACACUCCUCAAACAGAUGCAAUCAGUUAUUAUGACCGUAAAGGAAAUUUUUUAGUUAUUAUGCAGGCCAUAUGCGACAGUAAGUUCUUUUUUUUAGAUGUGUUCAUCGGCUACCCAGGUAGCUGUCAUGAUGCCAAUGUGUGGAAAAAUAGUCCACUUUACAAAGGGAUCACAUCUGGACAAAUAAAACUUGCGAAAGAUGCAAUUAUUCUAGCCGAUUCAGCAUAUCCUGUUUCAAGAUACUUAAUUGCUCUUUUUAGAGAUAACGGACAUCAUUCCAGAGAGGAAAAACAAUUCAACUAUUAUAUGAGUUCAACCCGAGUAUUUAUCGAGCAAACAUUUGGAAUUUUCAGGGCUAAGUUCAAAAUAUUGAAUCAUAUUGAUAUGCGCAAUAUAGAAGACAUAUCAACUGUGAUAUUAGCUUGCGCAAUUUUACAUAAUUUUAUACUGCGAAGCAAUCCGGUUCAUUCUGAAGACAAUCAUACGAGUAUGCCUGAAAAUUUAGAAAAUUCAAAUGAUCACGAUAUGAUUGAACUACCUGAAAAUAUAAAUGACACUAAUGAAGGAAUUGUCAGACGAAAUAACUUGAAAAUGCUAUUUAUUUCAUAGAAGUAUUAUUUCAAUAAUGUAUAUAUGUAUGUACAUAUCAAAUAA